AUCCGAUUGGAUAUUGCCAGUAUUGCGAAGAACCCUGGUCGCAAGGCCACCGCCAAGCUCAUGCUGAACAGUUUCUGGGGCAAAUUCGGAGAGCGGAUCAACAAACCCACCACCGUCACUGUCCAACACCCUGCUGAUUUGUUCAAUCUCGUCUCCGACGCUGCCCUCGAACUCAGUACGCUCCGCCUUUGCACUGACGACAUCUUGGAGGCCGUUUACACUAGCGUCGACGACAAUGCUGUCAAAGGCACCAAGACCAAUAUUUUCAUAGCAGCGUUCACCACCUGUCAUGCUCGGCUCAAACUCUACGAGUCCCUGGACACCCUUCAACAGCAAGUCCUCUAUUAUGACACAGACAGUGUGGUGUAUAAAUGGCGUCCCGGUCAACCCAGCAUUGCCACCGGAGAUUUUCUCGGGGAUAUGACGGAUGAAUUGGACGGUGACAUCAUCACCGAGUUCGUUUCGGGGGGCGCCAAGAAUUAUGGGUACCAGACCCGUGGUGGCAAAGUCGUGUGCAAGGUACGCGGUUUCACCCUCAACGUCCGUGGAUCGGCUAUUCUCAAUUUUCAGACAAUGAAAGAAAACAUUCUUUCCGAAUUAGAAUCGCCCCAGGAUUCUCGACGUAAUUUGAACAUUACCAACCCUUAUUAUUUCAAACGAGAUCUAGAACAGAAACGCAUUCAAGUGGUUCCGCGCGUGAAGCAGUAUGGGUUGGUGUUUGACAAGCGCGUGAUCAAUGUCACCACCCGAUCCAGUUAUCCCUAUGGUUACGAAAGGAUUGGGGACGAACUCGACCUGCUAUUAGAUUUGUGA